AUGGAUGAGGAUACGCUUCUGUCCGCACUGCCUGGGGAAGAUGGCGCCACCUGGGACCCCAGCCUGGAACCCGAGGAGGAACCUGGGGUCCAGAAUGGAAUGGCAUCCAGUGAGGACCUGAACAGUAGCCACACCAACCUGGGGGAUGCAAUGAGGGGCACCCUGGCAGGCACCGAGGGGCAUACAAAAGGCCUGGACAUGGCCCUCCAUGGCCUCAGCCUUGGCCUCUCCCUCACCAAUGGCCUAGCCCUGGGGCCAGACUCAAACAUUCUGGAACACUCUACAGAGCCCAGCCCCUGGAGGGCUGGUGGGCUGGCCGAGGGGGACAAUGCCUCCAGGAGCCUCUGUCCAGACACUGAGGAUCCUCCACUGGGGCUGGGUGGCCCUGGAGAGCCAGAUGUGCGCGAUGGCUUCAGCGCCACGUUUGAGAAGAUUGUGGAGUCGGAGCUGCUGCGGGGCACCCAGUACAGCAGCCUGGACUCCUUGGACAUGCUGAGCCUCACGGACGAGAGCGACAGCUGCGUCAGCUUCGAGGCCCCUCUCACGCCCCUCAUCCAGCAGCGGGCCCGGGACAGCCCUGAGCUAGGCGCGGGCUUGGGCACUGGGGACAUGGGGUCUGAGGGGGACAUGGGAGCAGCCGGUGGCGGUGGGGUGCUUGGCAGCCCCCUGCGGCGCUCCAUCUCUGGCAGCCGCUCCGAGAAUGUCCUGAGCCGCCUGUCUCUCACGGUGGUGCCCAACGGCUUCCAUGAAGACGGACCCCUGGGCCCACGCAGGGAUGAGGAGGACGAGGAGGAGGAGGAGGAGGAGGAGGAGGAGGAGGACACGGACAAGCUGCUGAACUCGGCCAGCGAUCCCAGCCUGAAGGAUGGCCUGUCGGACUCGGACUCAGAGCUGAGCAGCUCAGAGGGGCUGGAGUCUGGCAGCACAGACCCACUGGCCAACGGGGGCCAGGGCGUCAGUGAGGCUGCCCGCCGGCUGGCACGCCGGCUCUACCACCUGGAGGGCUUUCAGCGCUGCGACGUGGCCCGACAGCUGGGCAAGAACAACGAGUUCAGCAGGCUGGUGGCUGGGGAGUACCUCAGCUUUUUUGACUUCUCGGGCCUGACUCUGGAUCGAGCGCUCAGAACUUUCCUGAAGGCCUUCCCGCUGAUGGGGGAGACGCAGGAGCGUGAGCGGGUCCUGACGCACUUCUCCCGCCGGUACUGCCAGUGUAACCCUGAUGACAGUACUUCGGAAGAUGGGAUCCACACGCUUACCUGUGCCCUGAUGCUGCUCAACACGGACCUGCACGGACAUAACAUUGGCAAGAAGAUGUCCUGCCAACAAUUCAUUGCCAACUUGGACCAGCUGAAUGAUGGCCAAGACUUCGCCAAAGACCUGCUGAAGACCCUUUACAACUCCAUCAAGAAUGAAAAACUGGAAUGGGCGAUUGAUGAAGAUGAGCUGAGGAAAUCACUCUCUGAGCUGGUGGAUGACAAGUUUGGGACAGGCACAAAGAAGGUGACACGGAUCCUGGAUGGUAGCAACCCCUUCCUGGAUGUCCCUCAAGCUCUCAGCGCCACCACCUACAAGCAUGGUGUGCUGACCCGGAAGACUCACGCCGACAUGGAUGGCAAGAGGACGCCCCGUGGGAGGCGUGGCUGGAAGAAAUUCUACGCGGUGCUCAAAGGGACCAUUCUGUACCUGCAGAAGGAUGAGUACAGGCCGGACAAAACCCUGUCCGAGGGUGACUUGAAGAAUGCCAUCCGUGUGCACCACGCUCUGGCCACCAGGGCCUCUGACUACAGCAAGAAGUCCAACGUGCUCAAGCUGAAGACAGCUGACUGGAGGGUGUUCCUCUUCCAGGCACCGAGCAAAGAGGAAAUGCUGUCCUGGAUCCUGAGGAUCAACCUGGUGGCUGCCAUCUUCUCAGCGCCCUCCUUCCCCGCUGCCGUCAGCUCCAUGAAGAAGUUCUGUCGGCCUCUGUUGCCCUCCUGCGCUACUCGCCUCUGCCAGGAGGAGCAGCUGCGCUCUCAUGAGAAUAAGCUGAGGCAGGUGACUGCAGAGCUGGCUGAGCACAAGUGUCACCCAGUUGAGCGGGGCAUCAAGUCCAAGGAGGCUGAGGAGAACCGGCUGAAGGAGCAUUAUCUCACGUUUGAGAAAAGCCGUUAUGAGACCUAUAUCCACCUCCUGGCUGUGAAGAUCAAAGUUGGCUCUGAUGACCUGGAGCAGAUUGAGGCCCGGUUGGCCACCCUGGAGGGGGAUGACCCUUCACUCCGCAAGACACACUCGAGCCCUGCCCUCAGCCAGGGCCAUGGAACUGUGACUGGCAGCAAAGCCCCGAGGGAUACCACUGGGCCUGAUACUUAG